UUGUAUUGACACAUUUGUAAUUAACUUUACCAAAAUGAAAGGUUUGUUCGUAUUCUGUGUGGCUCUUUCCAUCGCCAUGAGCGUUAACGGACAAUGCAUCCGUUCGUCAUGUGCGUCCAAUCUUUUAUCACCACUGGUUGCCCCCAGCGCCGUUGUUGCCCCUAUCGCCACUCAAUACGCCCCGAUCGUCGGGUCCAACGCUGUUGCCACUAGUCUUGCUGAUACUUUGUCACUGCUGACUGUCAGCAGCCUGCUCGCUGAGAAGUUGCCACUUGGCUAUCCUCUCGUUGCUCCAGCUCUUGGUUGCGGAUGCAGCAACGCAUGUGGAUACCCGUAUGUCCUAUAAACGGCAUUAUUUGAACGGCAUAUUUUGAAAAUAUUCCAUAGUUAAAAAUUGAGACGACGACUUCGACUUUUUAUGACUUACUUCCUUUUUAUUUUCUUAUUCUAUAAAUCGAAUGUUUUCGGUUAAAUUUUCGGUUAAAUAUUGUAAUGCAAUGUGGACAAGUUUUCUAAUUGAAUAAUACCUAUAAUAUUAGUUGGACAAAGCUUCAAAUUUUGCGGUUAUGUCAACUUUACACGUAUUUCAAUAUUUUCUAUACCUAUGUCUUAAAGUAAAACUUAAAAAAGAUUGAGAAAAUGUUUUUUCUUGAGGAAUUCAAACAUCCAUUUACAUGUGUAAUUCUUGAAUAUUGUACCUAAUUGUAAUUUGGUGAAAUUUAUGUUAGGUAAAGAUAUUCGAAAUAAUUUACUAAUAUAAUAUGGCAUCCUUUAUAGUGCACCUUUGGUUCGUGUACUCAUAAUGCUAAUUUAAUAGACCAAGUGCUUAAAAAUAUCUUAUAUGUAUUUUCCAUUUGCAAGAUCAUAAUAUUAACUAUUUCGAUCAUAUUCUUCUUAAAUUCAAAAUAAAAAUUCUGUAAUUUUUGGGUCUAUGAUGAAACAUCUACUUUCAAAGCAUAUUAUUUUCUAAGCUAAUAUUGUAGGGUUUGUCAUUCGAUAUUUCUGGUCCAAGGAAUUUGGUUUUUGUUUUAAGCUGAGUAAUUUCAACACUUCUAUAUGGCCGGUCAAAUACUUACGUCCUAUCAUAUAUUUUAAAUAGUCAACUUUUUUAACUAAGUACGUAGUAUAAGAAUUAUAAAACUUGUCCAAUUUGUAUAUGAUCACUUUAUAUCGUAAAAUCUAUUUUUUUAAAUAGUACCUACUAUUUUUGUGUAUCUAUUUAUAACACCCGAAUAAUAUGUUUAAAAAAUUCAAAAUUUGUACUUCAGCAGAGAUAUGUUAUUAACUUGUUAUUAAAUAUACAUGUUUAAAAAAUACCAUUGUUUUAAUAAAUUGUAACAUCAACAAACUUACAAAAACAUCGUCAAAGCAUUGUGUCAGCACGUGCGUACUGAUUACGAAACAAUAGGAAGCGAUAAAAUGACAGUAAUAUUGUGUAUACUCUAUGUUUUAAUUUAGGUACUGCUCAUAGCUUUUCAGUUUAUUUUCUUUGUACAAAAAAUACUACAUACCGGUAAAGAAUAAACAUUUCAACUUUA